AGGGAAAGAAUGAGCCCUGCAGAGACGACACCAAACAAGAAGUGUCACAACUCUGGAUGAGACCGCCUGGCACAGCUCACUCAGACCAGAGCCAGCAUGUCCACACGAGUGACUGCGGGUAUCAAAGCGAAGGGCUCUUGUGGGUCCAGAAAUGUGUUUUUUGGUGUCGCACCUCAAAAGGGUCUUUGUGUGACUGCAGCAGGGACUGUGGUGCAUGGAAAGCUAGAAGGCGGGAAAAGAGUAGUGAAAGGGAUGCGGAGCUUUGAGGAGAUCCCUCACACUGGGAGGAAUGGGUGGCUCAACCUGCUGAAAUUCUGGAGAGAAAAUCGCUUCCAGCAGCUUCACAAGCACAUGGAGAGGACCUUCAACACGCUCGGACCCAUCUACAGAGAAAAGCUGGGCACCCUAAGCAGCGUGAACAUCAUGCUGCCAUCUGACGUUAGUGAGCUCUUUAAGUCAGAGGGUCUGCUCCCCCGACGGAUGACCCUGCAGCCCUGGGCGAUACACCGGGAAAUACGCAACCACAGCAAGGGCAUCUUCCUCAAGAAUGGGGAAGAGUGGAGAGCUGACCGUCUGCAGCUGAACAAGGAGGUGAUGAUGAGUGCAGCAGUAAAACGCUUUCUCCCUCUCCUUGAUGAGGUGGCGAAGGAUUUCUGUCAAAUGCUGCAGACAAGAAUGGAAAAGGAGGGAAGAGGAGAGAAGGGAAAAUGCGUUCUUACCAUCGAUCCCAGUCCUGACCUUUUUCGUUUUGCACUGGAAGCUAGCUGCCACGUGCUCUACGGAGAGCGUAUUGGCCUCUUCUCCUCAUCCCCCUCCUUGGAAUCUCAAAAGUUCAUCUGGGCCGUGGAGCGAAUGCUAACAACCACUCCUCCUCUCCUCUACCUGCCCCCUCGCUUACUGUUGCGCAUGGGUGCUCCCCUGUGGACCCAGCACGCCACUGCUUGGGACCACAUCUUCAGUCAUGCGGAGGCGAGGAUCCAGAGGGGGUACCAGCGCUUGUCAACCUCCCUGGGUAGAGCAUCUCCGGCUGGCACUGCUGGAGGCCAGUACACUGGAGUUCUGGGGCAACUCAUGGAGAAAGGGCAGCUAUCUUUGGACCUCAUCAAAGCCAACAUCACUGAGCUGAUGGCUGGAGGGGUGGAUACGACAGCAGUACCCCUGCAGUUUGCUCUGUUUGAGCUGGGACGCAACCCUGAGGUGCAGGAGAGCGUUAGGCAGCAGGUGAGGGCGUCGUGGGCACAGGCUGGUGGGGAUCCUUACAAAGCCCUGCAGGGGGCACCACUUCUUAAAGGCACAAUCAAAGAAGUCCUCAGGUUGUACCCAGUGGGAAUUACAGUGCAGCGGUAUCCAGUCAGAGACAUCGUUCUCCAGAACUACCACAUACCUGCUGGGACUUUGGUCCAGGCCUGUAUUUACCCGAUGGGGAGAAGUGAAAAAGUGUUUGAGGAUCCACUGCGCUUUGACCCCAGCCGGUGGAGCAGAGAAGAGGGCCAAAGGGUGGAAGCUGCAGGGUUUCGCUCCCUGGCAUUUGGCUUUGGGGCGAGGCAGUGUGUCGGGAGGAGGAUUGCUGAGAACGAGAUGCAACUUUUACUCAUGCAUAUCCUGCUGAGCUUCCAUCUCAGCGUGCCGUCCUCAGAGGACCUCAACACCACAGUCACCCUCAUCCUCCAGCCCGAGACUCCGCCGAGGAUCACUCUCAGCAAGCUCUGACACACACACAUGCUCAGAGGAGAGUCGUGCUGUUACCAUUUGACAAGUUUAAUCACGUAGGGUUAGCGCGCUUUAAUAAUUUAUUUCCGAUUAUUCCUAAUAAAGACCUUUUUAAGCGUUCUUACACACUUUGCAUUGGAAUGAAGAUAAAUAAAGAUGAAUUUUGUCCACUGUUGUUAUUGUUUUCGUCGUGACAAAGGCAGCACCCACAGUUGCAGCAUUAACAUAUAUCCAUCAGGUGGCAGUAAAACUCACACCUGCCCAUUCAUUUACUUUUGUACCCUGCCCCUGUUCACCCAGCACUUGUUACCUGCUCGAGGAGAGAUCCGAGAGGUUCGUUACUUCUCUUCUAAACAUUGCAACUUCUCAUCAUAAUGAAAAUACGCUGUUUGGGCCAAGCAAAUACUUAAUUCUGCUUAUCAGGGUUCGCUCCUGUAUCCACCUCUUAUGAUUGUUUCUCUUUGUUUUAUAGCUAAAAGAAAUCUUGCAGAUUAUUUCCGUCGCUGCGGCGGGUAUUGAUCGCUUUGUGUAUUCCUCUUCUUUUCUGCAACUCACGAUCAAGUUUAAAAACCUACAGCAUUGUUCGAGUAUUCGGUUCAUAUUGCAAAUUUAAGUUGCACUUUGGUGCCAAUGCGUAAAAUCGACCUUUACCCCGUCUGAUAAUUACUGCAAGCGUAGCAUUAGUAGAUGUUACGGAGGUGUGUGCUUUGCACGUUAGAUGGCUGCAGGGUUAGAUUUUAAACAGUCAACUCAGGACCAAAGUGCUGUUUGUCCUUUGGCUAACGAUUUACACCCACCUGUCCACUCACCAGGGUCCACGCGUGACCGCGCAUAGAGACAGCUCUGCAGAGUGAGGCUCCGCGCAGACUCAAAGUGCUCCUUAAGUACAAGCCACGUCGCCUCUACGUGUAACCUCAUUUGUCAAAGUCUUACUCUUCAAUAACACCUCUUAUCAGUCCUACUGAUUUCUAAUAGCUGCUGUUGUGAAUAAACACUAUGAAAGAGGGAAUAAAAUUUGCAUCCAUUUAAGCAUGCGAGAAGCAAGAAGAGGCCCAAUAUCUACUCUGAGAGAUUUCUUUGCAAAAGCUUUUUACGUCGUGUGCUGAUAAUUAUUUAAUUAUGUUAUUGCUCCCAACAGAUCAGCUAUAGGGAAUUAUUAAGAAAUAAAUUAGGAAUGCCAGAUCGUGGAUGGUGUUUAUUCUCCUCCAGCUGUAAACUUUUUUUUUCUUAUUUUGGUUUCUUGUUUAAUUCCACCACAAAACAGAAUCUAGUAUUAAUAAAAUUAACCAGUUGGGAUGA